CAGCCUGUUGUCAAAGAGGGAGGAAGGAAGGAGGGAGGGAGGAGGAAACUGAGGCUGGAAGGAACAGCAACAUCCAGACAGAGAGGAGUGAAACGCAGUGAGGAUCUGAAGAACAGAACUUUCUCACACGGACCCUUUUGUCCUCUAGAUGUCCUGGAUGCAGACAGAGAAACAAAGUGUCCCACAGAUCGAUACACUGUUGCAGGGGCGUUAUUAUCUGUGAAGUGGGUUUGUUCCACAUGAUGCCACGUUGAGAUGACGCCUGUGAUGACCUGACGCACUGAUCCUCUGCAGGGAGCGGACUCUGACAAACUUCUCUCGUCUUUCACUCCACUUCCCCGGGUCCUCUCUUCCACUUCCCCGGGUCCUCUCUUCCACUUCUCCGGGUCCUCUCUCCACUUCUCCGGGUCCUCUCUCCACUUCUCCUCCCCUCCUCCCCGCUGUCCCCAUGCCGCCGGCCCGCCGCAGCGCGCUGGACUGACGGCCGCCCCCGGAGGAAUGGCAUCGGCCGUGUUCGAAGGCACGUCGCUGGUCAACAUGUUCGUGCGGGACUGCUGGGUCAACGGGAUCCGGAGACUCAUCAUCAGCCAGCGGGGCGAGGAAGAGGAGUUCUUCGAGAUCCGGACCGAGUGGUCGGACCGGAACAUUCUAUACUUGCACCGCAGCUACUCGGACCUGGGCCGGCUCUUCAGGAGACUGCUGGAGUCCUUCCCCGAGGACACAAGGGACCUGUCCGAGAGUCCACUCAUAGAAGGGCUGGUAAAGAUCAAGGAGGCACAUGACAUCGAAGAGAAGCUGAAUGAGGUGGAGCGAUUACUGAAGAACGCCAUCAACAUGCAUUGCAAGUAUUCCAGGUCAGAGGUGAUGUUGACGUUCUUCGAGCGGUCACCACUGGACCAAGUGCUGAGGAACGACAAGGUCCACAGAAUCCAGCCGUGCUUUCAGAGUCCCAUCAAGAUAUCAGAAAUCAUGCGGUCGAAUGGAUUCUGUCUGGCCAACACAGAAACCAUCGUAUUCGAUCACAGUAUCCCCGAGGAGAAGGAGAGGCCUUCGUCCACCGACUCUGUGGAGCACACGUACGAGGACGGAACCGAGUUUUUGCCAAUGGAAUCAGACGUGUGUGAAGAGGAUUCAGAAGCGUAUGUCACCAACCUCUCCUACUACCACCUGGUCCCGUUUGAGACCGACAUCCUGGAAUGAGGAUGUUACACGACAGACAAUGGACGGUGGAUGUUGACAUUGAGGAGUUCAUCCUCUUAAAUGGAUCCGAGCUAUGCAGUGCUGCACAAAGCUGCUCCAGUUGAUGCUGCUUCAAGUUUUAUCGCCCAUUUCGGAGUCGGGCAGGUGCCCACCAUGCACAGAGACAUUGAGAUAAUGAGAUGUCACCAGUGUGCCUCGUCCACAGCCUCAUCCACAGCCUUACCGGAGUGUUAAACCAGAUCCAAAUAAGAUGGAAAUACAAGACUUCAGACUAUGGAAGGUGUUCAUCAUGUGAUGGAGCCUGUGGAGGCCAAAGUUGAUGUCCUCGGGUCCCAAGACCACUUUAAGAGAACUUAAUUUUUAUACCCCAGUGACCAUGAGGGCGAGAACUCCACAUCACAUUGACCUUAUCAAACCAUCGACUCUUACUUUUCUGAAUUUACCAGCUCUCCUCCUGUUUCUACAUCUUCCAUAAUCGGAUAUAGUAUUUACGAGGAGAUCUGCAAAGCAUCUGGUUCCUCUCCUUCAAGCUGCUUUGCACAGUGUUACCACUCUGCCGUUUGAUUUGCUGUGGGAAGACAGGAAGCUGUCAUGAAGCUCUGUGUAUCAUCUUUGUUUAUGGUUCCACCAGCAUUUAGGACGUUUUUUUUAUGUACCAGCUUAAAACUUGUUUUCUUUUUUUGCCUUAUUAAGCAGUAGAUUGUUUGACAUGAGAGUUUCCCUAGAUCCCGGUGAAACAAGGCAAAAAUAGCUACCUCUAAGAUCAAUAGAUGUAAUUUAUGGUAAUUUAGCCAUCUAGAUUUAAGAUAAAACUAAUUUUAUUAACUUUAAUCUGCAAAAAUGAAAUGUAUAGCUUAAAUUAUAGAUUUUUCAGGGUUCUUCAAGAACAUUAGGUAAGAGGACGCAAUAACUGAUGAUGGGAACAAGGACUUAGUUGUGCCAAAAGCCAGAGUGUGGUGCUAGAGAUCAGACAUCGCCUUGAGAUGGACACCAGCUGAACGUGAUGGGUCUGUUAUGUGGAGAAGGCCAAACAGGAAGCCCAGGACAGACCCAGAUGGAAGCAGAUCUUCUUCUGCCCCUCAAGGGAGGAAGAGGACUCAAUAAUGAUAAUAAUAAUAAAUAUAAUAAUAGGUUUUUCAUAGCUGUAUUUGCUUGCCUCUGUUUCACUCGGUUCUUUGGUUAGCGUCAAGUUAAAGAACAUGAAAUAAAUAUGAAGUGCCAUUAUUAUUUUCUUACAACACACUCUUUCCAAAGUGAGAAGUUGAUUCUGCCUUUUUGGACGUUGGCGAGAGUUUUUAGAGACGUUUUGUCAGAAUAAUAAAGUAUAAAUAUUUGUUCACA